GGGGCUGGGUUAAACUACUUGAGCAGAUGAGACUUAGCUUUAAAUCCACAAGUAAACACUGCUGCUGCUGCUCUGCAUUCAGCACAUACAAAGGGACAGACCUGCCCUCCGCCAGCCGUUGUGCUCAAAACCCUUCUGUCAGAGCCAUCACAGCUCCCAGAAGAAGGCCGUCUAUUUGCCGGCAUGUGCUCUUGUGGUAGUGUGCGAUAUUCAUGAGCUAUCUUUUCUCCUUUCCUAUUUCUGUUUCUACUUUUUGUUUGAAGGUCCUUGAUUGCUAGAAGACAUUCGUUCAGUUAGAAAAACGAAGGCAUUAAGAUGAGGAUGGGGCAGCAGUUCCUCCUGUUUCUGCUUUUGGGAGCCAUUGUCACACUUCAGUGCAAGGAGCUUUCCGUUCGCAGUAAACGAGGGACACGGGGAGCCUCACCAUCAAGAAGAGUCUUAUGCAAAGACCAGACGACUCAACAGGUGUAUCAGCAGAGGGAGAGUUGGCUACGGCAAGCGAACCGACACAUUGAAUAUUGUCGGUGUGAGAGCAGAGGCAUCUUCUGCCACACAGUGCCUGUGGAAGGCUGUUUGAAGCCACGGUGUUUCAAUGGAGGCCGCUGCCAAGAGCCAUUAUACUCAUCUAACCUUUUCAUCUGUUUGUGUCCCCCGGGCUUUUUGGGGAAACACUGUGAAAUUGACACCAAAGCUACUUGCUACCAGGAUGCAGGAGAAACCUACCGUGGGAUGUGGAGCAUCACAGAGACUGGAGCCAACUGCUUAAACUGGAACAACAGCGCCUUGAUCAAUAAGCGGCACAACGCACGCCGGCCAAAUGCCAUGGUGCUGGGGAUUGGCAACCAUAACUAUUGCCGGAACCCAGAUAAGGACCACAAGCCCUGGUGCCACAGUUACAAAGGGAGAAAAUAUACCUGGGAACACUGCAGCAUCCCUUCCUGCUCUGACAAAAAGCAUACGUGUUUUUCUGGAAGGGGCACAGACUACAGAGGCGGUUACAGCCACACACGCUCCGGUGCCACUUGCCUGAGAUGGGACUCCCAGAUCAUUGCCAAAAAAGUCUACACUGCUUUAAACGUUAAUGCACAGCAGCUCGGACUUGGGAGCCACAACUUCUGUCGGAAUCCUGACAAUGACACCCAGCCAUGGUGCCACGUUCUCAAAGGCAGGCAGCUCAAGUGGGAAUACUGUGAUGUACCAGUCUGUUCCACCUGUGGAUUGAGAAGACAGCGAGUGGCCCAGUUCCGGAUCAAAGGAGGCCUCUUCUCGCACAUACAGUCCCACCCGUGGCAGGCGGCCAUUUUCAUCCGGUCCCGACAAGCGGAUGGCUUUAUCUGUGGAGGGAUUCUGAUCAGUUCCUGCUGGGUCCUCUCAGCUGCCCACUGCUUAGAACAGAACACUGUCACCAGCCGCCUCAAAGUUGUGUUGGGCAGGACUUCCCGGGUGAAGCCUGAAAAUACCGAACAGGUGUUCCAAGUGGAGAAAUUCAUCUUGCAUAAAGAGUUUGCUCCUUCAACGUUUGACAACGACAUCGCACUGCUGAAGCUGAAAUCCGUAUCUGAAGAGUGUGCAGAAGAAACGGAGUCAGUUCGCCCAGCCUGCCUCCCUGAACCUGGGCUCAAGCUGCCCCAGUGGACUGAAUGUGAAGUCUCCGGUUACGGCAAACACGAGGAAUUUUCUGCUUUCUUCUCGGAGCGCCUGAAGGAAGGGCAUGUGAGACUGUAUCCAGACAGCCUCUGCACACCCAAACAACUUCAUAACAGGACUGUCACUGAGAACAUGCUCUGUGCGGGAGACACCAGGCAGCUGGAUGACGCCUGCAAGGGAGACUCUGGAGGCCCCCUGGUUUGCCUGAAAGAUGACCGGAUGAUUCUCGUGGGGAUCGUCAGUUGGGGAGUGGGCUGCGGGAAGAAAGAUACCCCUGGCGUCUACACGAAUGUGGUUCGCUAUCUGGAUUGGAUUCAGGAGAACACAAAGGCCUGAGCCUCAUCACCCUUCACUUGCUCCAGGACCUCCUUGGCAGAAGGGGAACUUGCACAAGACACUGGUCUCACGUGAAUCCCACUAAGCCAAUGGCAUUUGUGAGAGGGGGCACACUUGGCUAAAGUUUGGAGACACUUCUUUUCUAUGGACUACCGUCUCCAAAAUCACCCAAGUGGCCAUGCUGGAUGAGGCAUGAUAGACGUUAUAGCCAUGCUGAAUGUCCUGGCUCCAAAAUAAGUAUCUGGCAGCCAAACCUUUGGUCGAUCAUUUCAUAAAGAGGGCAGGUUAGCAUUCUGGACUUUGUGGCCUGCCCAGAAUGAAGAAACGAGGCCAUUACAAGGUCCGAGGUACAGAAGAGACUUACAGCUUGGAAAAGUUCCUUUUUUGAACCACAUCUUCAAGUACCCCCUCCCAGAAAACUUUCCAAGCUCUGAAGAGAUUUCUGGCAAUGGAAUUGCCAAAAAGCCCUCUUUAUUUAUUGAAUGACGAGGGUUAUCUGGAAAGUAAGGUUACAAGGUCUGUAGGUCUCACAAGGAAUUUUCUCGGGGGAAGUUGGUAUCACUGCCGUGUAGCGGGAAGCCAGCGAAAGUGAACUAGCAGGUCUAGUCGUCAGUAGCUCAUCAACUGGCGUUGUGAAGGUUAGAGAUGAGCGUCCUCAUUCUGUUUUCCUCCAAGUGCAAAGUUUGUGCUGUAAUACGCUACAUUCAUCGCGAAAUUGUUUCAGCUUAUGGAGAGGACGUAACGUCAAGACAACAUGUGACAAAAUGGGUACAGAAUAUAUUGUGAGACCAGGAAGAAACUUCACAGAGCCAUCCAAGACAAAUGUUGUGGGAUGCUGAAGGUGGGAUAUUGUCCCCUUUAUGACAAUGCACGUCCACACACCACUCAUGCAACACAAGAGUUGUUGACUUCCUUUGGUUGGGAUGUUUUAAGCCAUCCCUCUCACAGCCUCCAUCUCGCACCCAGUGACUAUAAUCCGUUCGCUCAAUUGAAGGAACACCUGAGUGGAAAACACUUUUCUGACAACAGCGAGGUGAAAAUCGAAGGGACGAACUGGCUGGAAAAGGCAGAAGGGAGACUUCUAUGACACAGGCAUCCAAAACGUGCCCCACAGAUGACAAAAUGCAUUGAACUGAAUGGUCAUUAUGUGGAAAAAUAAUGUAAUACUUAUGCUAAAAUCCAUGUAAGUUAAAAUACAUUCAUUCUUUAUAU